AUGGUUGAAACUGGCCUACUUGUGGGUCUGACAAAUCUAUUCAUAGAUUUAACUGAUCCAAGCCGCCCGUAUUCUCACUCAGGUGACUCUGAAAGUCGCCAGCUACCAGGAGCUUCUUCGACAACCCUAUCCAAUCAAAUGACUUCCAGCAAUAUAAGCAAACUUAAUAUUGGAGGUCACUCUAGCCACCAUAAAAUCUCUCAGGUGUCUAGUUCCUGUGUAAAUGUUGGGGGUCAUCGACUUAGCCCCACAUCAGCCGUUGCGCCGGAUGCCGAUUUUUCUGAUGCUACUCAAGAGGACAUUGAUGGAGGUGGUCCUGGAGGAGGAGGAUUAGUCGCACAAGAUUUGAACCGUCUAAACUUGCCACAUCAGCAUCCGCCCAUCUGCCCGGUGACAGCAGCUGGAGUCUCACCGAUCGCCCGCCGUUUAAUGCUUCAAAUAAUCGGGCUUAUAACGAGAUUUCAUAAACUCGGCUUGGAUCUCCAGGAGCAACAAGAAGAGGGUGACAAGUAA